GUCGUCGUUGUAGUCAUCGUCAUCAUCGUCAUCGUCGUUGUCGUCGAACGACUUCUUUCAGUUGCGCCACAACGCGCACUAGAAGUGGUAGAACUCUUAUUUAACAUGGUCGACGAGCCGGCCAGUGCUCAGUCGACCGCCGAGAGUAUAUUAGACUUAUUCUCACAUUUUCUCUUUCUCUUUAUCUUAAUCUCUCGUUAUCCCUCGUCGUCGAUCAUUUCAAGUACCAAGGAGAAAGUAGUCAAAGAAAGAAGAAGAAGAUUAUCCUGUGAUCAAUAAAAUAAAUCAAUUCGAUGGUGUGUCAAUUAAAAAGAUAUUCUUGCGAAGCAACAUGAUGAUCAAUAUUUGGACAAUAUUUUUUGGAUUUCUUCUUAUAAUCAAAUUCUCUGAUGGAUCUCAAGACUUCAGUUACGAUGGAAAUCAUGGUACGUCACAUUGGGGCAUCGAUUAUCAUUCCUGCGUUGGGAAACAUCAAUCACCGAUUAACAUUGAGGAACACAAUGUAAAGAAUGUCUCCCUAACACCAUUACGUUUUGCAAAAUUAAAUAUACCACGUAGCUCCUUUAUAACGAACAACGGACAUACCGUGAUGAUUAAGACAAACGAGUCAGAACCGGCUAUCGUUUCUGGUGGACCUCUUGGUGACAACAAUUACAUUUUCGAACAACUUCAUUUUCAUUGGGGUGAGAAUGAUACUGAAGGUUCUGAAGAUCACAUCAAUAAUCAUUCGUUCGCUAUGGAACUCCAUGCUGUAUUUUAUAAACAGGAUUAUAAGUCGAUGACCGAGGCGAUGAAACAUCCGGAUGGACUUGCCGUCUUUGCAUAUUUCUAUGAGGUAGCCGAUAAAGAGAAUCCAACAUACAAACCUAUAGUUGAAGCAUUACCGACGGUAGAAGCAGUUGACAGUAAGCAUGAACUUAAGGAGCCAUUAUUAUUGGAACAUUUAUUAAUAACGAAUAUUUCAACAAUGCAAAAUUAUUUUACGUACAAUGGCUCUUUAACUACUCCACCUUGUUUAGAAAUUGUUACAUGGAUAGAUUUUAAAGAUCCUCAGUUAUUAUCUCACAAUCAGUUGGCUACUUUUCGUAACCUCUGUACGUCCGAUGGUAACAAAUUAACACAUAAUUUCCGACCGGUACAACCUUUAUCAGAUCGAAUGGUUUAUCAUAAUAUAUUUAAUGCAAACAACGACAUACCAAUAAACAAUGAAAAUGGAAAAAAUAAGCACAACGGUGGACAUUAUAUACGUAGCGAUAUAACUAUGUUGAUACUAUUUGUCGUUUCAACACUUUUCGCAACAAUCUAAAUAUGAAAAAAUGUGUAUAUCUAGUCAUAGCGUAUAAUAAUUGCACUCCCUCAGAGUUUACCGAGAAGAUUAUUUUAUAGAAUUAAAAUUAUAUAAAUUAUUUUAUUCGGAUGAUAA